UGCGCGGGCUGGGGCUGCGUGCAGGGCCAGCGCGGAGCCGGAGCAGCCACGGUGAAGCGCCUGUGCUCCGCCGAGACUGCCGUGCCCAUUGCUCGCCUCGGUCGCCGCCGCUUUAGCCGCCGCCGGGAGAGCGGCCGCCUAUUGUCUUUCUCUGCGGCGAAGGUGAGGAGUUAUCCCGGCUCGGCCCGCGGGGGAGCCCCGGGAGCCGCACGUGUCCUGGGUCAUGAAACUUAAUCCACAACAAGCUCCCUUAUAUGGUGAUUGUGUUGUUACAGUGCUGCUUGCUGAAGAGGACAAAGUUGAAGAUGAUGUAGUGUUUUACUUGGUAUUUUUGGGUUCCACCCUCCGUCACUGUACAAGUACUCGGAAGGUCAGUUCUGAUACAUUGGAGACCAUUGCUCCUGGUCAUGAUUGCGGUGAAACAGUGAAGGUGCAGCUCUGUGCUUCCAAAGAGGGCCUUCCUGUGUUUGUGGUGGCUGAAGAAGACUUUCAUUUUGUUCAGGAUGAAGCGUAUGAUGCAGCUCAAUUCCUAGCAACCAGUGCUGGAAAUCAGCAGGCUUUGAACUUUACCCGUUUUCUUGACCAGUCAGGACCCCCAUCUGGGGAUGUGAAUUCCCUUGAUAAGAAGUUGGUGCUGGCAUUCAGGCACCUGAAGCUGCCCGCGGAGUGGAGUGUGUUGGGGACAGAUCAGAGUUUGCAUGAUGCUGGCCCGCGAGAGACAUUGAUGCAUUUUGCUGUGCGGCUGGGACUGCUGAGGUUGACGUGGUUCCUGUUGCAGAAGCCAGGUGGCCGCGGAGCUCUCAGUAUCCACAACCAGGAAGGGGCGACGCCUGUGAGCUUGGCCUUGGAGCGAGGCUAUCACAAGCUGCACCAGCUUCUAACCGAGGAGAAUGCUGGAGAACCAGACUCCUGGAGCAGUUUAUCCUAUGAAAUACCGUAUGGAGACUGUUCUGUGAGGCAUCAUCAAGAGUUGGACAUCUAUACGUUAACCUCUGAGUCUGAUUCACAUCAUGAACACCCAUUUCCUGGAGACAGUUGCACUGGACACAUUUUUAAACUUAUGAACAUCCAACAGCAACUAAUGAAAACAAACCUCAAGCAGAUGGACAAUCUUAUGCCCUUAAUGACGAUGGCACAGGAUCCUUCCAGUGCCCCAGAGACAGAUGGCCAGUUUCUUCCCUGUGCACCGGAGCCCAUGGACCCUCAGCGACUUUCUUCUUCUGAAGAGACUGAGAGCACUCAGUGCUGCCCAGGGAGCCCUGUUGCACAGACUGAAAGUUCCUGUGAUUUGUCAAGCAUAGUUGAGGAGGAGAAUACAGACCGUUCCUGUAGGAAGAAAAAUAAAGGCGUGGAAAGAAAAGGGGAAAAGGUGGAGCCAGCACCUAUUGUGGACUCUGGAACUGUAUCUGAUCAAGACAACUGCCUUCAGAGCUUGCCUGAUUGUGGAGUAAAGGGCACGGAAGGCCUUUCGUCCUGUGGAAACAGAAAUGAAGAAACUGGAACAAAAUCUGGAAUGCCCACAGACCAGGAGUCCCUGAGCAGUGGAGAUGCUAUGCUUCAGAGAGACUUGGUCAUGGAGCCAGGCACAGCCCAGUAUUCCUCUGGAGGUGAACUGGGAGGCAUUUCAACAACAAAUGUCAGUACCCCAGAGACUGCAGGGGAAAUGGAACAUGGGCUCAUGAACCCAGAUGCCACUGUUCAGAAGAAUGUGCUUCAAGGAGGGGAAAGUACAAAGGAAAGAUUUGAGAACUCUAAUAUUGGCACAACUGGAGCCUCUGACGUGCACGUCACAAGUAAGCCUGUGGAUAAAAUCAGUGUUCCAAACUGUGCCCCUGCCGCCAGUUCCCUGGAUGGUAAAAAACCUGCUGAGUCUUCACUUGCAUUAAGUAGUGAAGAAACCUCCACCGAAAAAACAGCAGAAACGGAAACUUCACGAAGUCAUGAGGAGAGUGCUGAUGCUCCAGUAGAUCAGAAUUCUGUGGUGAUUCCAGCUGCUGCAAAAGACAAGAUUUCAGAUGGAUUAGAACCUUAUACUCUCUUAGCAGCAGGCAUAGGUGAGGCAAUGUCACCCUCAGAUUUAGCCCUUCUUGGGCUAGAAGAAAAUGUAAUGCCACACCAGAACUCAGAAACAAAUUCAUCUCAUGCUCAAAGCCAAAAGGGCAAAUCCUCACCCAUUUGUUCUACAACUGGAGACGAUAAACUUUGUGCAGACUCUGCAUGUCAGCAGAGCACAGUGACUUGUAGUGGCGAUUUGGUUGCAAAACUGUGUGAUAACAUAGUUAGCGAACCCGAAAGCACCACAGCAAGGCAACCCAGCUCACAAGAUCCACCCAGUGCCUCCCACUGUGAAGACCCACAGGCUAAUACAGUCACCUCUGACCCUGUAAGGGAUACCCAGGAACAGGUGGAUUUUUGUCCUUUCAAAGUGGUGGAUAACAAAGGCCAACGAAAAGAUGUGAAACUAGAUAAACCUUUAACAAAUAUGCUUGAGGGGGUUUCACAUCCACAUCCAGUUGUCCCUAAAAUGGAGAAAGAACUGGUGCCAGACCAGGCAGUAAUAUCAGACAGUACUUUCUCUCUGGCAAACAGUCCAGGCAGUGAAUCAGUAACCAAGGAUGACGCACUUUCUUUUGUCCCCUCCCAGAAAGAAAAGGGAACAGCAACUCCUGAACUACAUACGGCUACAGAUUGUAGAGAUGGCCCAGAUGGAGAUUCGAAUGAGCCUGAUACGCAGUCACUAGAAGACAGGGCAGCAGGCCUGUCCACAUCCUCCACUGCUGCAGAGCUUCAGCGCGGGAUGGGGAAUACCAGUCCCACAGGACUUGGUGGAGAGCAUGAGGGUCCUGCCGCUCCAGCAACCCCAGAAGCUCUGAAUAUCAAGGGGGACACUGACUCUUCCCUGCAAAGUGUGGGUAAGACCACUUUGGCUUUAGAUUCAGUUUUGACUGAAGAAGGAAAACUUCUGGUGGUUUCAGAAAGCUCUGCAGCUCAGGAACAAGAUAAGGAUAAAGCAGUGACUUGUUCCUCUAUUAAGGAAAGUGCUCUGUCUUCAGGAACAUUGCAAGAAGAGCAGAGAACACCACCUCCUGGACAAGAUACUCUACAAUUUCAUGAAAAAUCGAUAUCAACUGACUGUGCCAAAGACAAAGCACUUCAGCUAAGUAAUUCACCGGGUGCACCGUCUGCCUGUCUUAAGGCAGAAACUGAACAUAACAAGGAAGUGGCCCCACAGGUCUCACUGCUGACUCAAGGUGGGGCUGCCCAGAGCCUGGUGCCACCAGGAGCAAGUCUGGCCACAGACUCAAGGCAGGAAGCCUUGGGGGCAGAGCACAGCAGCUCCGCUCUGUUGCCAUGUCUGAUGCCAGAUGGGUCUGAUGGGUCUGAGGCUCUUAAUUGCAGUCAGCCUUCUCCUCUGGAUGUUGGAGUGAAGAACACUCAAUCCCAGGGAAAAACUAGUGCCUGUGAGGUGAGUGGAAAUGUGACGGUGGAUGUUACUGGGGUUAAUGCUCUACAAGGUACGGCUGAGCCCAGAAGAGAGAAUAUAUCACACAACACCCAAGACAUCCUGAUGCCAAACGUCUUGUUGAGCCAAGAGAAGAAUGCCAUCCUAAGUUUGCCAGUAGCUUUACAGGACAAAGCUGUGACUGACCCACAGGGAGUUGGAACCCCAGAGAUGAUACCUCUUGAUUGGGAGAAAGGGAAGCUGGAGGGAGCAGACCACAGCUGUACCAUGGGCGACGCUGAGGAAGCCCAAAUAGACGAUGAAGCACAUCCUGUCCUGCAGCCUGCUGCCAAGGAGUUCCCCACAGACAUGGGGCUCUCAGCCCAUGAUGAUGGGGCCCCAGCUGGUGUGAGGGAAGUCAUGCGAGCCCCGCCCUCAGGCAGUGAAAGGAGCACUCCCUCUCUACCUUGCACGGUCUCUGCCCAGGCCGCACCUCUGCCUAAGGGAGCAGACUUGAUAGAGGAGACUGCCAGUUGUAUAGUGGAUGCUGUCAUCGAACAAGUCAAGGCCGCUGGAGCACUGCUUACUGAGGGGGAGGCCUGUCACAUGUCACUGUCCAGCCCUGAGUUGGGUCCUCUCACUGAAGGGCUAGAGAAUGCUUUUACAGAAAAAAUGAGUACUUUCCCACCUGGGGAGAGCCUGCCAAUGGGCAGUACUCCUGAGGAAGCCACGGGGAGCCUUGCAGGAUGUUUUGCUGGAAGGGAGGAGCCAGAGAAGAUUAUUUUACCUGUCCAGGGGCCUGAGCCAGCAACAGAAAUGCCAGACGUGAAAGCUGAAGAUGAAGUGGAUUUUAGAGCAAGUUCGAUUUCUGAAGAAGUGGCUGUAGGGAGCAUAGCUGCUACACUGAAGAUGAAGCAAGGCCCAAUGACCCAGGCGAUAAACCGAGAAAACUGGUGUACAAUAGAGCCAUGCCCUGAUGCAGCAUCUCUUCUGGCUUCCAAGCAGAGCCCAGAAUGUGAGGACUUCCUGGAUGUUGGACUGGGCAGAGAGUGUACCUCAAAACAAGGUGUACUUAAAAGAGAAUCUGGGAGUGAUUCUGACCUCUUUCACUCACCCAGUGAUGACAUGGACAGCAUCAUCUUCACAAAGCCAGAGGAAGAGCAGUUGGCCUGUGAUAUCACCGGAUCCAGUUCAUCCACCGAUGACACGGCUUCACUGGACCGACAUUCUUCUCAUGGCAGUGAUGUGUCUCUCUCCCAGAUUUUAAAGCCAAACAGGUCAAGAGAUCGGCAAAGCCUUGAUGGAUUCUACAGCCAUGGGAUGGGAGCUGAGGGUCGAGAAAGUGAGAGUGAGCCUGCUGACCCAGGUGACGUGGAGGAGGAGGAGAUGGACAGUAUCACUGAAGUGCCUGCAAACUGCUCUGUCCUAAGGAGCUCCAUGCGCUCUCUUUCCCCCUUCCGGAGGCACAGCUGGGGGCCUGGGAAAAAUGCAGCCAGCGAUGCAGAAAUGAACCACCGGAGUUUCAGUCUAGAAGGCUUGACAGGAGGAGCUGGUAUCGGAAACAAGCCAUCCUCGUCUCUAGAAGUAAGCUCUGCAAAUGCCAAAGAGCUCAGACACCCAUUCAGUGGUGAGGAACGGAUUGACUCUUUGGUGUCACUUUCAGAAGAGGAUCUGGAGUCAGGCCAGAGAGAACAUAGGAUGUUUGAUCAGCAGAUAUGUCACAGAUCUAAGCAGCAGGGAUUUAAUUACUGUACAUCAGCCAUUUCCUCUCCAUUGACAAAAUCCAUCUCAUUAAUGACAAUCAGCCAUCCUGGAUUGGACAAUUCACGGCCCUUCCACAGUACCUUCCACAAUACCAGUGCUAAUCUGACUGAGAGUAUAACAGAAGAGAACUAUAGUUUACUGCCACAUAGCUUCUCCAAAAAAGAUUCUGAAUGGAAGAGUGGAACAAAAGUCAGUCGUACAUUCAGCUACAUCAAGAAUAAAAUGUCCAGCAGCAAGAAGAGCAAAGAAAAGGAAAAAGAAAAAGAUAAGAUUAAGGAGAAGGAGAAAGAUUCUAAAGACAAGGAGAAAGAUAAGAAGACUGUCAAUGGGCACACUUUCAGUUCCAUUCCUGUUGUGGGUCCCAUCAGCUGUAGCCAGUGCAUGAAGCCCUUCACCAACAAAGAUGCCUAUACUUGUGCAAAUUGCAGUGCUUUUGUCCACAAAGGCUGCCGAGAAAGUCUAGCCUCCUGUGCAAAGGUCAAAAUGAAGCAGCCCAAAGGGAGCCUUCAGGCACAUGACACAUCAUCACUGCCCACGGUCAUUAUGAGAAACAAGCCCUCACAGCCCAAGGAGCGUCCUCGGUCCGCAGUCCUCCUGGUGGAUGAAACCACUGCCACCCCGAUAUUUGCCAAUAGACGAUCCCAGCAGAGUGUCUCACUCUCCAAAAGUGUCUCCAUACAGAACAUUGCUGGAGUUGGCAACGAUGAGAACAUGUCAAACACCUGGAAAUUCCUGUCUCAUUCAACAGACUCACUAAAUAAAAUCAGCAAGGUCAAUGAAUCAACAGAAUCACUUACUGAUGAGGGAGUAGGUACAGACAUGAAUGAAGGACAACUACUGGGAGACUUUGAGAUUGAUUCCAAACAGCUGGAAGCAGAGUCUUGGAGUCGGAUAAUAGACACCAAGUUUCUAAAACAGCAAAAGAAAGAUGUGGUCAAACGGCAAGAAGUAAUAUAUGAAUUGAUGCAGACAGAGUUACAUCAUGUCCGCACUCUCAAGAUCAUGAGUGAUGUGUACAGCCGGGGGAUGAUGACGGAUCUGCUUUUUGAGCAGCAGAUGGUAGAAAAGCUGUUCCCCUGUUUGGAUGAGCUGAUCAGUAUCCAUAGCCAGUUCUUUCAGAGGAUUCUGGAGCGGAAGAAGGAGUCUCUGGUAGAUAAAAGUGAAAAGAACUUUCUUAUCAAGAGGAUAGGGGAUGUGCUUGUAAAUCAGUUUUCAGGUGAGAAUGCAGAACGUUUAAAGAAGACAUAUGGCAAGUUUUGUGGGCAACAUAACCAGUCUGUAAACUACUUCAAAGACCUUUAUGCCAAGGAUAAGCGUUUUCAAGCCUUUGUAAAGAAGAAGAUGAGCAGUUCACUUGUUAGAAGGCUUGGAAUUCCAGAGUGCAUAUUGCUUGUAACUCAGCGGAUUACCAAGUACCCAGUUUUAUUCCAAAGAAUAUUGCAGUGUACCAAAGACAAUGAAGUGGAGCAGGAAGAUCUAGCACAGUCCUUGAGCCUGGUGAAGGAUGUGAUUGGAGCUGUAGACAGCGAAGUGGCAAGUUAUGAAAAGAAAGUGCGUCUCAAUGAGAUUUAUACGAAGACAGAUAGCAAGUCAAUCAUGAGGAUGAAGAGUGGUCAGAUGUUUGCCAAGGAAGAUUUGAAACGGAAGAAGCUUGUACGUGAUGGGAGUGUGUUUCUGAAGAAUGCAGCAGGAAGGUUGAAAGAGGUUCAAGCAGUUCUUCUCACUGACAUUUUAGUUUUCCUUCAAGAAAAAGACCAGAAGUACAUCUUUGCAUCAUUGGACCAGAAGUCAACAGUGAUCUCUUUAAAGAAGCUGAUUGUGAGAGAAGUGGCACAUGAGGAGAAAGGUUUAUUCCUGAUCAGCAUGGGGAUGAAAGAUCCAGAGAUGGUAGAAGUCCAUGCCAGCUCCAAAGAGGAACGAAACAGCUGGAUUCAGAUCAUUCAGGACACAAUUAACACCCUGAACAGAGAUGAAGAUGAAGGAAUUCCUAGUGAGAAUGAGGAAGAAAAGAAAAUGUUGGACACCAAAGCCCGAGAAUUAAAAGAACAACUUCAACAGAAGGACCAACAAAUCCUACUCUUGUUGGAAGAGAAGGAGAUGAUUUUCCGGGACAUGGCUGAGUGCAGCACCCCUCUCCCAGAGGAUUGCUCCCCAACACAUAGCCCUAGAGUUCUCUUCCGCUCCAACACAGAAGAGGCUCUCAAAGGAGGACCUUUAAUGAAAAGUGCAAUAAAUGAGGUGGAGAUCCUUCAGGGUUUGGUGAGUGGAAAUCUGGGAGGCACACUUGGGCCGACUGUCAGCAGCCCCAUUGAGCAAGAAGGUGUGGUCGGUCCUGUUUCCCUGCCCCGGAGAGCGGAGACUUUUGGAGGAUUUGACAGCCAUCAGAUGAAUGCUUCAAAAGGAGGCGAGAAGGAAGAGGGAGAUGAUGGCCAAGAUCUUAGGAGAACGGAAUCAGAUAGUGGCCUAAAAAAGGGUGGAAAUGCUAACCUGGUAUUUAUGCUUAAAAGAAACAGUGAGCAGGUUGUCCACAGCGUUGUUCAUCUCCACGAGCUCCUCAGCACUCUGCAGGGUGUGGUGCUGCAGCAGGACAGCUACAUUGAGGACCAGAAACUGGUGCUGAGCGAGAGGGCGCUCACUCGCAGCUUGUCCCGCCCGAGCUCCCUCAUUGAGCAGGAGAAGCAGCGCAGCCUGGAGAAGCAGCGCCAGGACCUGGCCAACCUGCAGAAGCAGCAGGCCCAGUACCUCGAGGAGAAGCGCAGGCGCGAGCGUGAGUGGGAAGCUCGUGAGAGGGAGCUGCGGGAGCGGGAGGCCCUCCUGGCCCAGCGCGAGGAGAAGGUGCAGCAGGGGCAGCAGGACCUGGAAAAGGAGCGGGAGGAGCUCCAGCAGAAGAAGGGCACAUACCAGUAUGACCUGGAGCGACUGCGUGCUGCCCAGAAACAGCUCGAGAGGGAACAGGAGCAGCUGCGCCGGGAGGCAGAGCGGCUCAGCCAGAGGCAGACAGAACGGGACCUGUGUCAGGUUUCUCAUCCACAUACCAAGCUGAUGAGGAUCCCAUCAUUCUUCCCCAGUCCUGAGGAGCCCCCUUCGCCAUCUGCACCUUCCAUAGCCAAAUCAGGGUCAUUGGACUCAGAACUUUCAGUGUCCCCAAAAAUAAACAGCAUCUCUCGGACACACAAAGAUAAGGGGCCUUUUCACAUACUGAGUUCAACCAUCCAGACAAACAAAGGACCAGAAGGGCAGAGCCAGGCCCCUGCGUCCACCUCUGCCUCUACCCGCCUGUUUGGGUUAACGAAGCCAAAGGAAAAGAAGGAGAAAAAAAAGAAGAACAAAACCAGCCGCUCUCAGCCCGGUGAUGGUCCCAUGUCAGAAGUAUCAGCAGAGGGUGAAGAGAUCUUCUGCUGACCCUCUUCCUCUCUGCUGAGGCAGCUGCCUCCUGAACCUGGCCAGCCCACCUCUCCUGCUGUCCCCGCGUACACAAGUCUCUUACACUGGACGCCCACUGCUCCUCAGCGUCCAGUCCUCCUGGGCGGCCCCAGGUCCUGGACAAGAAGGAACAGAUGAUCUUGAGUGUCAGGGUGGGGAAGGAGGCCCAGACCCUGCUUCGACCAUGAUUUGUGACUGCCCAGGACUCUCAGGUUGGGCUGGCCCUACUCAGGAUUACACUGAAAGUAAUGGCCUCGUAAGUACAGGUGAUGGUUUUGGACAUGUCAGGAAUUCCUAAAGGCUGAAAAGAGUGGAUCCAAGUAAGGUCUGAACUUCCGACUGCCUUUUAUUUGGGGGAACACAAAACCAAACAGCACGUUUUGGACUUGAUCUGUGUACAUACAUGGGGACCUGUCUGCAUAUAUACACAGGGAAUGCUAGAAGAAGGCCCAGUCUGCACCAGGCGUCUGGUCAACUUAGCACAAGGGCAGUGCCUGGACGGACCUGGAGCCCCUACAUAUCAGCAGUUCACCCAGUACUCCUCAGAGACUGGUUUCCCUCUAAACCCAUCCCGUGCACAUAUCACCCCUGUUUUGCAUGUAUUUCUCAUUUCAUUUUAGGGAUGACAAACAUUUGUGAAACCAGUGAGAGAAGGCUUGAUGUGUAUAAAAGACAUAAUCUGCACCACCUCGAUCUCGGUGUUUCGGGCACUAAAGCAACAAAACAA